AUGGGUUUAUUAUCAUCGCGUUUCCUCCGCAUCCCGCGGCCAGAGACCUUCCUUUAUGUCAUGAGCCUUGAGACUGGUGCUUCUCUCAUCACCUUGUCCUUGCUGUUGAAUAAAAUUAGUGGUCUCUAUGGCUUGCUCGCCUUGCUGACCGGCUACCACCUCUCGCCCGUCCAACUGUCCAUGUACCUCUACUCCCUGAUCGCUCUCGGUGUCGCAACAGUCCUAUUCCCGCAUAUCCGCAAACAAUCGCCUCUCCAGUGCCUCGCGCUCGCCUACCUGUACGCCUUUGACAGUCUUGUCAACGCGGCCUACACUGCCGCUUUUGGUGUGACUUGGUUCCUCGUCGUCUCUCAGCAUUACGAUAAUGGCUCCGCGUCGGGCCCCGGAAGUGAGACCAUUGCGCAAACCGCCGGCUUCACCAGCCCCAAGUACGAUGACACCCAAAGCGGUGCCAGUUACUAUUACGCCGAAAGUGCCGCCGGCAGCACCGCUCGAUCGGCAUCAGAUGGUCUUGGCAAUGCGGUCACUCAACCAGAGAGUGCCCCGAGCAUUUUCUUCAUCUGCAUGCUGUGGGCGAUGCGAUUCUACUUCGUUUUCGUGAUGCUCGCCUUUGCCCGUCAGACCCUGCGCCUCUAUGUCGCCCUUCCCCGUCACACUUCACUUCCGACGCACAGUCGCAACACGUCCAUGGCGAGUGUGGGUAGCGUGGCCGACAUCGACCGUGAACCCUUUUCGCCGUACAGCCCGGAUGGCCAAGGCUGGAAGGGCAAGCUUGGCCGGACCAUGAUCAGCAUCGGUCGCAACUACUGGAUGGGUGAAGAUGACGAUGGUAUCUGGAUGGUCAACAUCGGUCGGAAGUUCCAGAACCGCAACGAGAACACCGAGCUGCCUGGCCCUCUCGAACGGGAGCGCCGUCGCCGAUCGGGAACCGGUCCUCCCCAGCCGUCACAGUCUGCGUUUGAAGCCGCGGCUUUGCAACAACCCAUUUACGAACAUCCUGUUGGCCGGUAG